AUGAAAUCGCAUCCAACUCAAUCGACAGGAUUUCGUUCUUACGCUAUUCGCAUCAUCCUAGGCUGUUGUGCUUGUGGUGAGAAAUACACAAUGGCCUCCGCGACCACGUUCUACGACUUUUCUCCUCCUGACAAAAAAGGAAACCCUUACCCCUUGACAGACUACAAGGGCAAAGUCGUCCUCGUCGUCAACACAGCAUCCAAAUGCGGCUUCACGCCCCAAUUCGCCGGCCUUGAAAAACUCUACAAAUCUAUCGAAGCCAAGCAUCCCGGCGCCUUCACCAUCCUGGGUUUUCCCUGCAAUCAGUUCGGAAACCAAGAUCCCGGAAGCAACGACGAAAUCCAGAGCUUUUGCCAGGUUAAUUAUGGCGUUACGUUCCCCGUACUGGGAAAGAUUGAUGUGAAUGGGAGUAAAGCGGAGCCGUUGUUUGAAUGGAUCAAGAGCGAGAAGCCGGGACUACUGGGCGUGAAGAGGGUGUUGUGGAAUUUUGAGAAAGCCUUGAUCAAUGGCAAGGGUGAAGUUGUGGGGAGGUGGAGGAGCAUUACCAAACCAGAAAGUUUGGAGGCGACGAUUUUGAAGGAGAUUGAUAUUGCGAGUAAGGAUGUGAAGGGUGUGGAGGUUGUGCCUACGGCGACGGAGACUGCUGCUUCUGCUGCGCCGGCGGAGGAAGCUAAGGAGGCUUGA